UCGAUUGCCAGGAAGAGGCUGAGCGCACGAGCGCGCGUGCGUAUUUAAUUGAGUGUGUUGCGUGAGUCUGCACGCGCUCGGCUGUCACAAACAGAAGAUGUUUGACAAGCUCACCAGAGACACAAGCGCUCAUUACUAACCAUUGCAGUUGUUUGUUCCGGUCACGUUACGUAAAGAUGUCAGAAACGGGAGAAUCUGAAAACAUCCCAGAAUGCACCACGGAGGAGACUUCACCUCCUUGUUGUACCACAGACACCGAGGACUGUCAGAAAUCCAGCCAGCCAAAAUCAGAUAACCAUGGACAACUCAAGAAGAACCUGAAGGCUAAAGGAAAAUUAGUUCGGAGCACCGCUGUGUGUGAUGAGUCUCUAUCCACUGAGGAGAACAGCAAGGAAAAAGAGAGCAAGACGACUGUGUCUAGUAACCAUGGUGACAGUCCUGCGUGCAAUGAGGAGGAAGAGGAGACAAGCGUCACAUCGAAAAAAACAAGUUUAUCUAAAGAGCCCAGUCUGGAGUACACCGACUCUACAGGCAUUGAUCUGGAGGAGUUUUUAAUCACUACUUUGAAAAGCAGUCCCAGGGACAGACUGAUGCUCCUAAAACUCGAGCAAGACAUGACUGACUUUAUGACAGACAACAGUUCCUAUAAAAAGUUCCCUCAGAUGUCCUCGUAUCACAGAAUGCUGGUCCACAGGGUUGCAGCUUAUUUUGGUCUGGAACACAAUGUGGAUCACAGUGGAAAAGCGGUUAUCAUCAACAAAACCUGCAAUUCCAGAAUACCAGAACAUCGGUUUGCUGAACAUGUUCAGGAGGAGAAAACCGAGGAAAGAAGAUCAAUACUGAAGAGAGACAACAGUCAGGAGAAAGAAGACAGUCAGCUGAGGGUUCCAUCUCUCAAAGAACAAAUGAGGAGCAAGUCGAUAGAAGAGAGAGAGGAGGAAUACCAGAAAGUCAGAGAACGCAUAUUCUCACAGGAUACCACUUGUCUUUCUCAGAGUGUUUAUAUUGAGACCAGAGGUCUAGAUGACAACAGUAUUCUCAGUGAGACCCAGAGAAGACGGCAGCUAUUUAGGGGUAACAGGGAUGGUUCGGGUCGGCUGUCCGGCAGCAGGCAGAGCAGCUUUGAGCUGGACUCUCAUUGGAAUGACCCUCGACCUUGGAGCAGCACAGAUUCUGACAGCCCGACAUGGACAUCUAAAUCUACACACACACGUUCAGACAGCAGCUCCAAACUCUGCAAACCAGUGUCCGAGUCGGCUCUAUCAUACGCUCCACCCAACAACAGCCCUGCUUACAUUAUCGUGCCUGCUGAGUCAUCAAUACCUCCUGGGAGCAUCUUAUUGAAUCCACAUACAGGGCAGCCAUUUCUGAAUCCUGAUGGAACUCCAGCUGUUUACAACCCACCAGUAAGUCAGAAGCCAUGUAACCAGCUUAACCCAGUACAGUCGCAAGCCCCGCCCCCUCCACCUCAGCAACAGCCAGUAGCAAGCCAUGGUGUCCCACAGGUUCAAUAUUCCUCUGUGACAUACCUUCCACCUCAGCAGUUAAACAUUUCUACCUCCCAGCAACACCCAAUUGAACAGACUAGGGAAGAUAUUACUGCCAAGUUUGGUCACAUGACCUUGAGUCACCAGUCAUCAUCAGGGGAUCUUCCAGAUACGUCCUCAUUUUACAUGCAAGGAGCUCCACCCACACACAGCUAUGCUCCACCCCACCACAGUUAUGCUCCGUCUCACCAUUCAGACAAUUACAUCACCCCUGGAAUGACACUGGCUCCUCCCACAGCCCCGCCCCCUGAUCAGCAGAGCAGCCAGGUUUCAGUGUACAGUUACCCUGUUCAGUGUCCCAGUGCAUCGCAACAAUACGCAGCAACCAGUUACAACACACAAACAGCAUACCCGCCUGUCAUGUCAAACCAACAAGGCUGCCCAGGCAUGAUGGGAAGUCAGAUUCUACCCCAAAUACAGCAAGGCAUUGUGGGACCUUACCCAUCUGUAUCCUCCUAUCAGAUACCACAGCAACAACAACAACAACAACAACAGUCCUAUCCUGCAAUGCUGGUGUCAGGACAAGGUGGGCAGACACAGUGUUUGGUGCCCCCUGCUGGAGUUCAAGUAUACUGCAGCUCCUUGGCCCCUUCUUCCCCUCCACCACAUAUGAUGGGGGUCUCCUUCCAGUCAAGUAGCUGCAAAAAUGGCUGUAGUAUUAAUCAGAACCAGUGCUGGUACUAAAAGACACUGUGUUCACAUAUAGUGUUAUUAUGAAUUCACCAUAUGCAUUCAGUAUUUGUAGCUGCACAAUAAUUGUUCUCUACAGUCUGUAGCACUCGAGUCUGAUGAUAGCAUCCUUCAGAUUCAACCUUUUCUACUUUGUCAAAAACACGUUUUGAAUUUUACUUUACAUGGACAUCGAUAGCAUCAUGUUUAAAUUGCUAUUAGAGCAUAAUUUAUACUAUUUAUAUUAUUACUUGUGUUUUGUUUAAUAUGGAUAAAAUGUUAUAUUUGAAUGGUAUAUAAUACUAUAUUUAUCUUGUUUAUAGAGGGCUAUAUUACAUAAAUUGGGAAUGAAACUAGAUUCAGUGUUUUCCGUUAUCAAAACUGUGUCAACCGUUUUAAAAGAAAUUUAGUUUUUUGUUUCUUUGUUUUACAGAAUUUUAUUAGGAUGUAACAUUUGACCAGACUGGAAAAUAUCUAAGUGGCAUUUCUUAAAUAUAUGGCCUUUUAAAUGGUAAUCUGUUUGAUGACUUCUUGUAUCUUUUACUCACAUUCAUAAUAGGGUCAGCUGAUGUUCUCAUAGUUGUUUUAUUGGGGUGUUGAAUGCCUUUUCAGACAUUCAGGGAAAUGUAACAAAAUUUUAGGUGAGUAGGAUUACGAUUAAGAUGUAGAUUUGAUAAGAACUUAAUAUUACGCCCUCUGUUGCUUAUAAGAGGGCACUACAAUAACAAAGGCAAAGCAUUCAUUUGUUUAAAAUUAAUCGUGAAUCAUUCAGAUAGAAAGAAUUGAUUUAUUGAAAAGAUCCGAAUCAGAACGAUUCAUCCGCAAAUCGGUCAUCGCUAUUUAUCAAGUGAAUUAAGAUUGUAGAGGAGUUUCUAGGCAGCAGCAGUGAAAUUUUACUGAUUAAACCUUGUCGGACAAUGAAAUAUUAUCCAUAUUUCGGCAGACGCGUGUUUUCUAUCACCUGUUCAAAACUGAACUAGAACUGAAAUUGUUCGCGAUUCAGUUUGAUUCAAUCGGACAGCAUGAAAAAGUCAGGUGUGGAACAACACGAGGGGGGUCAAAUGCUGGAGUUCAGUAUCUCACCCUCCGAUACAUUAUCCCAGUAAUGGGACAGAAAGUGGACUUCUCCUUUCUGGAUGAGACGGAAUAGUUCCUCUUGAUUACGAUCUGGACUGCGGAAUGGAGGAAACC